GUCUCGUAGCAGGACUGGCUGUCAGCCCCUCCGCAGAAGUGUUUGCUCAGAUCGCCGCGAGGAUGCGCCUAGGCAGCCUGUAGACGCCCACGGCUCCAGCCGGCGCUACUGAAUUCGCAGUCGCUGGCGGGUAGUCAGCAGCUCAGGAGUGGCAUGGAGGAGGACAGUGCUAUAGUCAUGAGGCGAGCGGGCGACGCCGUGUACACCGGGGUGGCGAUGCGCGACUCCGACGCGGCCAGCCGGCGGCUGGUGCUGCGCUCUGGCGAGUGCAACAUCACCGGCUGGUCUGCCGGCAAGCGGAGGAUGCGCUUCCUGCAGGACGUGUUCACGACUAUAGUGGACCUGCCUUGGCGCUGGUUGCUGCUGCUGCUGUCGCUGAGCUUCUUCCUCACGUGGCUGGGCUUCGCGCUCCUCUGGUGGCUCAUCGCGUUUGCCCACGGAGACCUCGAACCGCAGAACCUGCCUCCCUUUCAAGAAGACACGGGAUGGGUGCCGUGCGUGACGCAGAUCUACAACUUCACGUCGUGCUUCAUGUUCAGCAUGGAGAACCAGCACACGACGGGCUUCGGGGCGCGCAUGCCGACGGAGGAGUGCCCCGAGGCGAUCUUCCUCAUGUGCGCGCAGGGCAUCGUGGGCGUGACCAUCCAGACGGCCGUGCUGGGCAUGAUGUUCGCCAAGGUGGUGCGCCCCAAGCAGCGCACGCGCACCAUAGCCUUCAGCAGGCACGCCGUCGUCUGCCGCCGGGACGGCGUCCUCUGCCUCAUGUUCCGCGUCGCGGACAUGCGCACCAGGUCUCACAUCAUCGAGGCGAAGAUGAACAUCCUGCUGGUGGGCGAGAGGAAGACGCCCGAGGGCGAGCACCUUCUGCCGUACCACACGGAGCUGCGACACGAGGUGGGGCAGCGGCGCUUCUUCUUGCUCUGGCCGGAGACCGUCGUGCACCGCAUCGACGCCCGCUCGCCGCUCUACCGCAUGUCUGCCUCUGACAUGGCUGCCUCCGAUCUGGAGGUGAUUGCUAUCCUGGAAGGAACCAUCGAGUCGACAGACCAGCGCGUGCAGGCGCGCACGUCUUACCUGCUGAGUGAGGUCCUGUGGGGGCGCUGCUUCGAGCAGGUGGUGCGCUUCAGCCCCGAGCGGCGCUGCUACAUGACCGACUACCGCGCGCUGGGCGCCACGCGGCCCGUGGACACCCCCACGUCCUCUGCCUGCGACCAGGAGACCAGCAGGACGCCCCCAGAAGGAGAGAUCAAAGAGUCACGUCACUCCGCUGGUGAUGGUCACAUCAUCGUUGGACACGAGCUGAAAGCUGCCUGAGUGCAGCCAGCCCUUCCCUCGAUGUCACUUGCUUCACUUGCAAGUGAAACCAGACAGGUACAGCGACGUUCGUCGUCAAAAGACUGGAGGAGUUGCAGUAGCGAAACGUUGCUGCUGUGUUAGUACAUUUCGAGAUUAUGAUAGUACGAAUAGUUGGAAGUGGACGGCAACUCAUGUUGGGAUAUUUAACGUGGUGAACUGCACUAUAGACACCGUUUUCUGCAAGUCGUUUCUGCGGGCAUAUAAAGCUCAUGAAACGCAGUAAUUUUUUGGAUUACAAUUAUUAACAGAUUGUUUGUUUUGAAGAGUGAUGAAACGUGUGUUUGUUUUAAGUGUUACGGUAUGCUGAUGUCUUUUACAUUCAGUUCGCCGCAUCUUAUGGAACCCGGUGUGACUCCAAACUUAAAGUCUCAAAGACGCUCCUCUUACAAAAAUUACAGCAAUACAAGUAGUGUUAGUGCUGCAAAAGUGGUUAAGCAAAAUGAGAACAGCUUUGACAUGAGAAAUGUAUUGUUGUCCCUGUAUUCCAUAUAGACUGUAGUUUCAAUAGUUAAGGCUUUCUUUUAACUGGUACUUGUAUUACCGUCCAUGUCUAACACCUCUUGUAGUUGUCUCAUCAAAUAUUGUUCAUAUCUUACUUCGUUCAUUCAUUUAAUGUUAACUGUUACAUAAACAUUCUUUUGAAUAUAAUGUUAAUGUUAAAACGCACUACUACCACACUCUCAAAUAUUACAUUUACUGUACGUUCCCUCAAACACCUCCACUUUCCUGCAUUUAUUUAUUUCUGUUUAUAUUAUUGAUAUUGCUUAAGUUCCUUAUGUAACCUGUAGCUACAUUGAUAAUUGUGUCUUCUUUUAAUUGGUUUGUGUAUCACUCUCCAUGUUUUAUACCUCCCGAUGUAGUCUUUUUAAGUACUAAUUUUAUUUUAUUUUAUUGGUUUUGUUUAUUAAUAGAACCUGUUAUGUAGGCAUGCUGUUCCUGUCUUGCGUUAAAGUUUUUGCUGUCUACUGCAUUUUUAUUUAUUUACUGUUCAAUUUUUCACUUUUUGAUUGCAUUACCACCACACUGUCAAAGAUGUUACUUACUUUAUGUUUCUGCUUCAGACUAGACGUGUUACUUCUCUUCCAAUGUUGUUUGCAGACAUUGUAACUUGUUUGGGAACAAUGGUCAGUAAAUGUCUGAAGACAGCCUCGUAAGACGAAAACCAGUUAACAAAAUAAAAGUAAUAUUGUAGAACAAAAGUGGCAUUCAUGAUUAUAAUAGCUAUCUUUGGCACAGAAAGAGGUAACAUAUGCUGUAAAACUUAUCGAUAAAUUACCAGAUGAAAUAAAAUAUCUGACAGACAGCAGUAAAAGUUUCAAAAAUAAAUUGAAAUCGUACCUCCUUGACAACUCCUUCUAUUGUUGUUGUUGUUGUUGUUGUUGUUGUUUUCAGUCCUGAGACUGGUUUGAUGCAGCUCUCCAUGCAACUCUAUCCUGUGCAAGCUUCUUCAUCUCCCAGUACCUACUGCAACCUACAUCCUUCUGAAUCUGCUUAGUGUAUUCAUCUCUUGGUCUCCCUCUACGAUUUUUACCCUCCACGCUGCCCUCCCAUGCUAAAUUUGUGAUCCCUUGAUGCCUCAAAACAUGUCCUACCAACCGAUCCCUUCUUCUAGUCAAGUUGUGCCACAAACUUCUCUUCUCCCCAAUCCUAUUCAAUACCUCCUCAUUAGUUACGUGAUCUGUCCACCUUAUCUUCAACAUUCUUCUGUAGCACCACAUUUCGAAAGCUUCUAUUCUCUUCUUGUCCAAACUAUUUAUCGUCCACGUUUCACUUCCAUACACGUCUACACUCCAAACAAAUACUUUCAGAAACGACUUCCUGAUACAUAAAUCUAUAUUCGAUGUUAACAAAUUUCUCUUCUUCAGAAACGCUUUCCUUGCCAUUGCCAGUCUACAUUUUAUAUCCUCUCUACUUCGACCAUCAUCAGUUAUUUUACUUCCUAAAUAGCAAAACUCCUUUACUACUUUAAGUAUCUCAUUUCCAUACCAUAGAUGAAUUCCGAAAUAGAAAUAAAUUAAUCAAUAGGUGUAAUAUAUUCAUUUUUGCCAUUUAAGUAUAUGGGGUAGGUAAUAAAAUUUUUAAGCUUAAAAAAACUA